AUGCGUUGUAGACUUGUAGCUCGUGACCCACGUCAUUCCUUGUCCCCAGGGUCACCUAUUCCUCUCGAGCCUCCCACGCCGGCCGCCGCCCCUCGUCACCGCUCCCCCGCGACCAACUCCUUUGCACGGCUGCGACCUACCUGCAUCCUGACGCGCCGCCCCUCACCACUCCCCUGCGAUCCUCCGUCCUGGCGCGCCGCACCUCGCCACAACCCUGCGAUCCUCCGUCCUGGCGCUCCGCACCUCGCCACAACCCUGCGAUCCUCCGUCCUGGCGUCCCGGCGCGCCGUCGCUCGUCACCACUCCCCUGCUGCCCUGCAUACCGGCGUGCCGCCCCUCGUCAUGGCACUCCUGCGACCAACGGCGAAUCUAAGUACUAUGCAUGUAAACGGCGUCCGAAUUGACAUGACGAGUCAGAGAGGAAAGCAGGGCAGGACCUGAGCACGCUUACUAAUAGGACUGGAUGGAUACUGCUGCGGUGCUGCCACAGAUUUCAUUCUAGGUAUGACUACAUCUAUUUUUUCUUUGUAAAAGAAAGAAGAUCAGGCUCUUCAACUGUUCAUUAACGCACGAUUAAGCUCGCAAAGUAGCACCCAAUCUCAAUAUUUACUCGUCCACUUAUUAAUAUUACAUGCAAGGUAAUGAUCGGGCCUCUCUAUACUAUGCAAAUUGAUAUGCUUGAACAGCAACAAAGUGCAGCAAUUAAUUUAACAUAACAUAUAUUAACUACAAACAUAUAAGAGAUUGUAAAUCAAGUUGACUAUCAUGCACUAUAUACAAGACUUAUACUAUUGUACGUAUUAACUUAGUCUGCAUGGCUUGCAGUGCACUUGCUGCAACCAGAGUAUGUAUAUGGUUUCUUCUGUAUUGCCAUGUUGGCUUUGAAA